AUGUUAUAAUUUAUAUGCUUAAUAAUAUCUUUGGUAUCUGCGAGAAACCCAUUUAUAACAGCAUUUGUAAACUCAAUCAAAACAACUUGGACUGUACUUUUCCUCCUCUAUUUAUUUAGGCUGCCAAUUAUGAAAGAUGGAACGAUAAGUCAGAAGAGUUUUACUCCAAGUACUUCAAUGUUAUCGUCGAUCACAGCGAGCCAAUCGAAUUCAAAUUCUAUGAGCAUUUAGAAAACUUGCCACCAAGUUUCUCAGCUUCAGAAAAAUGGCCUGGUUGUCCAUCUAUUGGAUCGAUUCCAGAUCAAGGGAACUGUGGUUCUUGUUGGGCAGUAUCAGCUGCCUCUACAAUGAGUGAUCGUCUUUGUAUUGCCUCCAGUCAAACAGAUCAGAGACAGAUUUCUGCUGAAGAUCUUUUAAGUUGCUGUGGAAUUAAUUGUGGAGAUUGUGAUGGUGGUAUACCUGUUGGGGCAUGGAAGUAUUUCAAAUUAGAAGGAAUAGUCACAGGGGGUGCCUACGAUGAUUUAAGUUUUUGUAAAUCUUACUCUUUCCCUCCUUGCAGUCAUGGGAAUAAUUCUGGAAAGUAUUCUAAAUGUGAUGAGGAUAUUUUAUUGUUGACCAAUACUCCCUCAUGCACCAAAAAAUGUCAUUCUUAAUCCUCAAGAACCUAUGAUAUUGAUAAGAUCAGAUCAAGAGAGACCCCUUACAGACUUGUUCAAGAUUAAGAGCAAAUUAAAAAUGAGAUCUAUUUGAAUGGACCUGUAUAGGCUGUGUUUAUAGUCGAAGAUGAUUUCUUAAGUUAUAAAUCUGGUGUUUAUCAACAUACAACUGGAUCAUUUAGAGGGAGACAUGCAGUCAAGAUUAUUGGGUGGGGAACUGAGAACGGAGUACCUUAUUGGGAAGCAGUAAAUUCAUGGAACGAUGGCUGGGGUAUCAAUGGAAAGUUCAAGUUUUUAAGAGGGUCUAACCAUCUGGAAAUUGAAUAAAAUGUUUAUGCAUCAAUUAUUUGAAUGGAUGAUGCAAUAAUCAUGUUCAUUUUAUAAAGUAUUUGUUUAU